UCAAGUCAUCUACACUCCUCUCUACUCAAGAACAACCUCAACAACCUACACCAUGUGUGGCUACUACGGAAACUACUAUGGCGGCAGAGGCUAUGGCUGCUGUGGCUAUGGAGGCCUGGGCUAUGGCUACGGAGGCCUGGGCUGUGGCUAUGGCUCCUACUAUGGCUGUGGCUACCGUGGACUGGGCUGUGGCUAUGGCUGUGGUUAUGGCUAUGGCUCACGCUCUCUGUGUGGUUGUGGCUAUGGAUAUGGCUCUGGAUACGGCUCUGGAUUUGGCUACUACUAUUAAGAAACUCAGGGACACCUCUGUCCCCUCGUGUAUGAUGCAAGGAUCCUCCAGCUUUAAAUCCCAAGACCUGAGAAUUCUACACAAAACUGGGACAGUAUGGGGUUCUGGUGUUAUGAAGUACAUUGGCAUCCAUUUGUGACCAGCAUUCCACUAUAAAUAGCAUCUGUAUUCAGAUAUUAAUUCCAGAAGCUUAGUAUAAGGUCAUAAUAUUAAUUUUAAUCACUAUAUUUCCAAUAAAAAUUUCUUAAGAU